AUGUCAGCCACAAAGAGGCUAGUUGUUUUUGGAGGCAAUGGCUUCCUAGGCUCCAGGAUAUGCCGAGCCGCCGUGGCCCGUGACUGGGACGUCACAUCAGUCAGCCGCUCCGGCACUCCUCACUGGUCCUCCGUCACCUCGUCCUCCUCCCCUCCGGCCUGGUCCCACAAGGUGUCCUGGGAGCGCGGCGACAUCUUCCGGCCGGCGGAGUGGACGUCGCUGCUGCGCGGCGCCGACUACGUCGUGCACAGCCUCGGCAUCCUGCUCGAGGCCGACUACAAGGGCGUCAUCUCCGGGCGCGAGUCGCCCAUCGCCGGGCUGGCGCGGGCCUUCGACCGGACCAAGGGCGCGCACGCGCCGGCCAACCCGCUGGAGCGCGUGCGCCGCGGCGAGGCGCCCGAGCCGGGCGUCGAACCGCCCGCGAGCCCCGCGCAGCUGACGUACGAGAUGAUGAACCGCGACAGCGCGAUCCUGCUGGCGAAGGAGGCCGCGCGCGCCGGGGUCGAGGCGUUCGGGUUCGUGUCCGCCGCCGCGGGCGCGCCGGUGCUGCCGGCCCGGUAUCUGUCGACCAAGAGGGAGGCCGAGGCCGUGGUCGCCCGCGAGUUCCCACAGAUGAGGGGCGUGUUCUUCAGGCCGCCGUUUAUGUACGACCGGUCCAGGAAGGUUACGAUGGCGGUGGCGGCGGCGGCGGCUGCGGGAUCGGUGGCCAACAGGUUGACCGGAGGCGUGCUGGGCGGGUUUCUGGGCGCAGCCGUCACGAAGCCGCUCUCGGCCGAUGCGGUAGCAGAUGCCGUGGUGGAGGCGUUGGCGGAUGGGAGCGUCAAGGGGCCGGUCGAAGUGCCUCAGCUGGAGGAGCUGGCGACGAAGGCGUGGCGCAAAACCAUGCUCUGA